AUGUUUCGCAUAGCUCGCGUCGCGUCGAGAGUUAGCAUUAUUCUGCUGGUGCUCAGCCUCGUAGUUUUGCUGUGGUUCUGGCAGCGCUCGUUUACGAUUAGAUACGAUGAAUUAUAUUUCAAUCAUACGCUGGCCAACAUUCUGAAACCGCGCUGGACGGGCAGCCCGGGUCACGAGGAAGUGGCCAAUUUUCUCAUGGACCAGCUGACUUCACUUGGGUUUAUUGCGUUGCGCGACGAGCUCUUUGACCAACGAAAAUUUACAAAUAUUUUGGGUAUUAUGAAUGUGGAUGCCCCAAGUUUCCUAUUGCUCAGCUGUCAUUACGACUCAAAGUUUUUGGAAAACUCUCCAGAUUAUGUGGGCGCCACAGAUGGCGCCGUUUCCUGUGCAAUACUUCUCCACGUGGCGAAGGCGUUAAAUGCGUAUCUUCGUGAGCGUUUCUCCAAUAAACAGGAUAUUGGCUUGAUGUUAGUAUUCUUUGAUGGUCACGAGUCCAUGCUGGACGUCAAAGAAGAUUUCAAUUCUCUUAACGGUUCGCAGCACUUUGCUUCGGUCGAAACUGUGCCCUUACAAAGCAUUGAGUUAAUCAUUUCAUUAAACCUGAUUGGCGCACCGAAUCAUAUCUUUCUGAGCCACUUUAAUAAUACGUAUACAUUGCAUGAGCGCCUGGCAGAUAUCGAAGUGGAGCUGCGCGAGGCAAGCAAGCUCACCGAGUGCCAUCAGCUGUUCCAUAAGAUCAAAGAUCAUGAUAGCGACAUUGAAGACGAUCAUUAUCCCUUUAUAAGCGAAGGCGUGGCAGCUAUGCAUAUAGUGCCCCAUACCUAUCCAGAGUAUUGGCAUACAGAGAAGGAUGACUUAUCGAAUCUCUAUUGGCCAGCAAUACGUAAUAUGAACUUAAUUUUUCCCCAAUUCGUUUACGAGUAUCUGGAAAAUCAUAUGGAAUUCCUAUCAAUAAUUGGCAAAUAUAAAUAAUA